AUGCAAAAUACUGUAUAUAUAAUGGGAAUCUUCAGCCGGAGUGCGCUAAAUAAAAAACCAAAUGACAGCACGAGGCUUAUUAUAACGACAUUCUUUGGAAUAGUUUUUGGCUUUUUGAUCGGAGUAUCUUUCCCUUCAUUAUCUGUGUCAAAGCUAAAUUUUGCAUCUGGCCUUCUUCCUACAAUUGACUUAUCAUAUAUGGGCGAGAAAAAGUUGGGAAUUUCUACCCAUUCAGUUUCUAAUACUUCAAGCAACAGUACCACUAGCAGCUCCGCAAAAUUGAAUGAUACAUCAAAAAUCUGGAUCCCUUCAAACCCUCGAGGUGCAGAGAGGUUGCCUCCUAGAAUCAUUGUAGCUGAAUCUGACUUCAACUUGCGAAGAUUGUGGGGUAAACCCAGUGAGGAUUUAACCAAUAUACCAAAGUACCUUGUGACCUUCACCGUCGGUUACAAUCAGAGACACAAUAUUGAUGCAUGUGUCAAGAAGUUCUCAGAAAACUUUACAAUCCUGUUGUUUCACUAUGAUGGUAGAGUCUCCGAGUGGGAUCAGUUUGAGUGGUCGAGGCAGGCUAUUCACGUGAGUGCUCGAAAGCAGACAAAGUGGUGGUAUGCAAAGCGAUUUUUGCAUCCGGAUAUUGUGGCUUCAUAUGACUACAUAUUCAUAUGGGAUGAGGAUUUGGGAGUUGAGCAUUUCAAUGCAGAGGAAUACAUUAAGCUAGUUAAGAAACAUGGUUUGGAGCUCUCACAGCCUGGGUUGGAGCCUAAUAAAGGUUUGACCUGGCAGAUGACGAAGAGGAGAGGUGAUCAAGAAGUUCACAAAACGACGACUGAGAAACCUGGAUGGUGCACAGACCCUCAUGUGCCACCCUGUGCAGCUUUUGUUGAGAUCAUGGCUCCAGUGUUCUCUCGCGAUGCAUGGCGUUGUGUUUGGUACAUGAUUCAGAAUGACUUGGUCCACGGAUGGGGUCUGGACUUUGCGAUGAGGAAAUGUAUAGAGCCUGCCCAUGAGAAAAUUGGAGUUGUUGAUUCUCAAUGGAUUGUUCAUCAACGUGUCCCUUCACUUGGGAACCAGGGUGAGGUGAAAGCCGGAAAGCCAUCAUGGAAAGGGGUUAGCGAGCGAUGCAGGAAGGAAUGGACCAUGUUUCAGAACCGAGUAGCGAGUGCAGAAAAUGAGUACUUCAAGAAACUAGGAACGAUGCGAUCGAACUCCACUGCACAUUGA